GUUAAUAUGCGGACUAUCUGGAGUACUCUCCUGCUGCCCUCGCUCCUCGGUGGAGUUCAAGGAGCAGCAGUAAAUGUGCCUCGCAGUGAAUAUUCAUCGAAGAUAGAAGUUAUUCGCAAUCCUAACUACCCUCUCGAUGUCGUCGAUAAGCUGGAAGAGGCUACCAUGCCCAAGGUUGAAGCAUGGUUAGCUAAGAAGAUCGCUACGGAGACGAACAACAACUGUACUCUAGAAAACGCGGUCGUACGGAGGGAAUGGAGCGACCUUCCCGAGGAAUCAAGACAGGAAUAUGUCGCCGCCGUUAAGUGCUUGAUGAAGUUACCUCCUACAGUGGACAAGGAGAGGUUCCCUGGAGCCUUAAGUCGAUACGAUGAUUUCGUCGCAUAUCAUAUGACACACGCCAUGCAGCUUCACGACAACCUGCACCUGUUUGGCGCACACAAGUACUAUGUCUGGCUCUUCGAGAAAGCGCUUCGCGAGGAAUGUAACUAUACCGGUUACCAGCCUUACAUGAACUAUGACCGCUACUCGGAAGAUCCGCUCAACUCCCCCCUGCUCAAUGGUAACGCAUCCAGUCUAGGAGGCAAUGGCGUCCUAGAGCCUACGUACAAGGGCAUUUCGCAGCCCGGUCGUACUCCCAACAUUAUCAAGUCGGGAGGUGGCGGAGGCUGUGUCACUGAAGGGCCUUUCUCGGACAUGGUCGUCAGCCUUGGCCCUACCUCAAUGAAAACGGCCACUGGUGUUGCGAAGAACCCAAGAGCCGACGGCACCGGCUCGAACCCGCGCUGCCUACGCCGCGACGUAAACCGCAAUGCGGCCAUGGGAGCUAAAGCCGACCGCGCUUUCCAUCUGAUCAACGAGAACAAGGAAAUGGAUGGCUUCUACAACGAGCUUCUGGGAACCCCACCACCGAAGAACGACCCCUAUCCCUGGGGUAUUCACACGGCUGGCCAUUACAUCGCUGCUGUGGACCCAGGCGGUGAUCCCUUCACCUCGCCCGGCGACCCGCUCUUCUACUUCCACCACACCGCACUCGACCGUCUAUGGUGGAUCUGGCAGAUGCAGGACCCGGAGAAUCGCCUCAACGCUAUCCCGUCUGGCAACAUGUCCAUGCCGAUGCGCAAGAACCGACGAGCGGACGACCCUAUGGACCCCAUGGAGACUAUAGUUGAUAUGGAGUGGCUUGGGCCCCCGAUUAAGCUCGGAGAGACGCAUGACCAACUCGGCGGGUAUGGUGGUGCUUUCUGCUAUGUCUAUGUUUAGUUCUAGCGGCAGUAUAAGCGGAUAUGAUGUAUAUCUAGGGGCGAAUUGACGUUUUGAUUGUGUGAAUAGUUGCAAAUAGGUACCUAUCGUUAGCAUGGAACCGAUAUGGAUGUGUUGAAAUCUGUUGCAUUAUAUGAUGAUAACCAUAAUGCUGUGGAUGAACCGUUGCUCUGUUAAUUACGCCAUUGGCUUAUUUCCCCCUUAUCAUAUUUCAUAUAUAGGCGCGAACGUGGUAGCAUACUGGGCUUUUCUAUUUCGACUAUGUAUUCGCGCCACACAGCCGUCUACUACUCGCCUAGUUUCUCCUUUCAAUUCUGACAUGUUGCACUA